AUGCCGAACAAUCUUAAGGUGUUGGGUUCUAUACACGAAAAUAUGCUGCAGGGAUGCAUUCCAUCGGUCUCACCUCAGAUUACUUCGUCUGAGCAAGUUGAAUUUAAAGCGUCUGUCAACGGUCUUCAUAACAGUUCGGCUGCUGAGUUAUCGGAGAGAAUGGCAAAGAGUUUGAUACCCCAGAACGGGGUGUUACUAACAGAAACGAAUCUUUGUAAAAACGUGACCAACGAGAUUCCAGGGAACGAUCUGCACGAUCACAAAAACCUGCCGAAAGACACACAAAUCUACUGGAGACGCUUUUCUGAAAAGGACGUUUGCAAAACGCAGGAAAAGGCAGCCGCGAUCAAAAGUUUUGGUUCCUGGAGGGAUAUUGAGAAAAACAGUUCACAAAUUCACUCCAGUUUACAUCAAACAGCACCGUUAGUGGGCCUCAAAAACCAUCUAAACACACAACAUGGAGUUUUUGAAGCGCAUAGCAUGUCCAUUGACCGUGACAAAUGUGAUACGGGAGUCAAAACACUGCCCUGCGUCAACAAUAAACCACCACAGUUUAAACUGCUGUUUACUGUUGGGCAAAGAGGCGAAGACAUCGGCCGGUUUGAUAAACCUGUUGGAGUGGCUUUCGACCCAGAAGGAGAUAUUAUUGUGGCAGAUUACAACAAUGACAGAUUACAAGUGUUGUCUGGAGAAGGAAAGAUCAUUCGAGUUCACGACCACUACUCUAGAGAAAGCGGAAAACAAUUUGGAUUUAUCUGCCCUACCGGGAUCGCAUGCGAUCGAGCCGGAAACAUGGUGGUAGUAGAAAAAGCCCGAAACCGGGUAGUCAUUCUGUCUCCAGCUUUUACAAUUAUACGUGCCUUUGGUCGUCAUGGAAAGGAACAGGGACAGUUUAGAGGUCCCCAUGGGGUAUCCGUAGACGCCCAUAGCCGUAUCAUUGUCACAGAUACCAUAAAUUCACGCGUCCAAGUUUUUGACCAUGAAGGUAACUUCCUGUUCAUGUUUGGAAACAAAGGUCCAGGAAGACUAAACUACCCUUGCUACACGAUCUAUCACGAGGGGCGUUUCUACGUCGCUGACACGGACAACGACAGCGUGAAAGUUUUCGACACGCGCGGCACGUUUCUAAGAACGUGCGGAGACGGUUUAAGCGCGCCAUCAGGAAUCGCAGUUUACAAGGACAAGUAUCUCCUUGUUUGUGACUACAACAAUGACUGUGUGAAAAUCUUGUCCUUCACUGGUCGAAUUCUGAGCAGUAUUGGUACCAGUGGGGAGGGGGAUGGUCAGUUCCUUGGUCCUGAAGCCUUAGCAGUGACCCCAGAGGGGAAUAUUGUUGUCACAGAUAAACUUAACUGCAAGCUACAAAUAUUUGCUGCGGGUCAAUAA